AGGAACGAUUGCUGCUGCUGCUGUUAAGUCUGGUCACGAUGUCUCUCUUCAAAAAGUUUUUUUCCAAUAUAGUCCGUGACAGAGACUCUGAGGAUGACAACGUGAAGAAGGUCGUGGUAAAACAAAAGCCUUAUCAUGGAACAGUGACUCCAUAUCCCAACUUCAAUGCCAGCAGUGAUGCGUCUGUUCUGAAAAGUGCCAUUGAAAGUCAUGGAGUGGACGAAGAUGUGAUCAUUGCUGUACUGGUUAAGAGAAGCAACGAGCAGAGGCAGAAAAUCAAAGCUGUUUAUGAAGCCUCUACCGGAAAAAGACUUGACCAAACUCUUAAAUCUGUUCUGCGUUCUGAUCUGGAGGACGUCUCCCUGGCUCUGCUCAUGACUCCGCCUCAGUUUGACGCCUAUCUGAUGAGAAAAGCCACAAAGAGAUUGGGCACAAACGAGGACUUGCUGGUAGAAGUUCUGGCCACAAGGACCAACCAGGAGAUCAGAGACCUCAAGAGAGUCUACCAAGAAGAGUACAAGCAGGAUCUGGAGGAGGUUAUUAGAGAUGAGACCAAUGGAGAAUUCACUGACGCCCUGCUGGCCAUGCUGCAAGCUGACAAAGAUGAGGACAUUGACAUCAACCUGGAACUGGCCAAGAAGGAUGCUAAGACUCUGUUCGAAGCAGGAGAACAUCCUGAAGGAAUUAACGUGUCCACUUACAUCAAGAUCUUGACCAAGAGGAGCGGCCCUCAGCUCUCAAAGACGUUCCAACUGUACGCCUCCCACAAUGAUGUCUCUUUACCCAAGGCUCUGUUAUUGAAAUUGAAAGGAGACAUUGAAGACUGUCUGAUUGAUAUUGUGAAAUGUGCCUGGAACAAAUCCGCGUUUUUUGCAGAAAAACUCCAUAAGGCCAUGAAGGGCUAUGGAACUUGUGAGGACACACUGAUACGAAUUCUGGUCAGUCGUUCUGAGGUGGAUCUGAAAAAAAUUGUGGAAGAAUACAGAGCCAUGUAUGAUAUCAGCCUCCAAGAGGAUAUACAUAACGAUACUAAGGGACAUUACCAGAGGGUCCUGCUGGGACUGUGUGGACCACACUGAAUUCUCAUCAUUGCGGUGAGGAUGAAAAUCAAUGCGAAAAGGUCAAGAGGUGUUCACAGAGACUAGAAGUCUUUAAUAAUUAGAAAUCAUUUGAAUUGUGUAAGAACGGUUGUUUUUUCUGACUACUGAGACAACACAAAUGUAAAUAUUGAAUGUCCUCUGUCUGACCAUAAAAUAAAUUGAUUACAAGAUG